AUGUCAGUUGAUUUCCAGUUUUCUUUUUUCAUUGCUAUUUUUACUUUUAUUCAUAAUUUUACUUUAAUUCUUGUCUUCACUCCAGAUUGUCAGCCAUCUUUGUAUUUUUCUUGUCUUUCGCCCAUCGUUUCUUUUCUUUCUCUGUCUUCUUUAUUUUUCAAUGAAUUCUUUGUCCCUCUUUUUUCCCUUCUUCCAACUAUUUCGUUGUUUUUUAUGUCUUUUUCUUUCAACUCUUCAAAUAUCAUUCUUAUCUUUUCACCAAUUGGGCUCGAAUCUUUCUUUUUCUUCUCUUUAUUUCUUCCUAUUAUCUAUCUUUCUUUCUUUCAUUCUUUCUUUCUUUCAUUCUUUCUUUCUUUCUUUCCUUACUUCUUUCUUCCCUUCUUCUUUCUUGAUUUCUUUUCUUCCUUCUUUCAUUCUCUCUAUCUUUCUAAACUUCCUUCUUUCGUUCUUUCUUUCUUUUCUUCUUAUUUUCUUUCUUUAUUUCUUUUCUUCCUUCUUUCUUCUUAUUUUCUUUCUUUCUUUCCUUCUUCUUUUCUUCCUUUCUUUUCGUCUUUCUUUCUUUUUCCUUCUUUCUUUCUAUUGUAA